AUGAAGUAUCGGAGAGAGAUAGAAGAUAUGAUUCAUAGGGGAGUGGCGAGGAAAUUAACUAAGGAAGAGAUACGAGAAUAUGAGGGUCCAGUUCAUUAUAUUCAUCCUCAUGAAGUAUUGAAACCAGAAUCCAACUCAACUCCAAUACGCAUUGUCUUCAACUCUUCUGCGUCAUACAUGGGGCAGAAGUUAAAUGAUUUCUGGGCAAAGGGGCCAGAUAUCCUGAACAGCUUACUGGGAGUUUUAUUUAGGUUUAGACAGAAUAAUAUAGCUAUAGCAGGCGACAUAGCUAAAAUGUACCAUACUGUCAAGCUCAGCACAAUGGAUGAACAUACACACAGAUUUUUAUGGAGGGAUUUGGAUGACAAGAAACCACCUGAUCAGUAUGCUCUUACCACAGUAACGUUUGGAGAUAAGCCUAGUGGUACCAUAGCUAUGCUAGCGUUGAGACACACUGUAGAGAAAUUUGGCAAGGAAUAUCCAGAUUUGCAAGAUAUGAUUAUUAAUAAUACUUAUGUUGAUGACAUACUAUAUUCCACUGAUACCGUGGAGAAUGCAUUCAAGUUAAUACAGGAUGCGGAGAAGAUAUUGUCUCAGGGAAGUUUCAGAGUUAAACAUUGGAUUGUCAGUGGGCAUUAUGAAAGCUGCAAGGUCAAUGUGAUAAAAUCUGACCAUGAGAAGAUCUUAGGAUUGAAAUGGAACCCGUUGGAGGAUAAUUUUUUCUUUACAGUAAAACUUAAUUUUUCUUCAAGAAUAAGAAAGGUCAGUAGUGGUCCAAAUUUAAAUUCAGAUGAAAUUGAUGAUAAAUUUCCAGAACAUUUAACACGCAGAAUGCUAUUGAGUCAAAUUGCAUCCAUAUAUGAUCCAUUAGGGUUUGCUGUACCAGUAUUGCUCAAAGCUAAAAUUUUGAUGAGACUCGUGAUUUCCAAAGGUGAGUCGAAAGAUGGCGGAAUCAAGUGGGAUGAUCCACUUGACAUUUCCACGGUUAAGGAAUGUAAGAUGUUUUUUAAGGAAUUGUAUGAGUUAGAGAGAUUGACUUUUAGAAGAUCCUUGAUACCACCCAAUGUAGUUGGUCAACCAAGUUUAAUAAUAUUUUCGGAUGGUAGCAUGCAAGCAUACGGAGCUUGUGCAUAUGUGAGGUGGCAAAUUGGUGAAGAUGAAUUUGAGUCACAUCUGAUAGCAGCUAGAAAUAAGAUUGCACCAAUGAAGCAAAUGUCCAUUCCUAGGUUAGAACUAUGUGCAGCUCUUAUGGCUGCUAGAUUAAGAGAAUCUAUAUUAAAGGAGUUUACAUGGAAGUUUGAGGCAAUUUACCACAUAGUUGACUCAUCAAUUGUAAGAUCACAAAUCCAAAAGGAGAGUCACGGAUUCAAUACCUUUGUUGCAGUACGCAUAGCAGAGAUACAAAUCAAAACUGACCCAAAGGAAUGGUGGUGGGUCGAUUCAACACAGAAUAUCGCAGACUUGACCUCUAGACCAUGCAAACCAGAGAAAAAUGGGAGAGAGUUUGACUGGCAAAAUCUACCCAAGUUUUUAAUUUUACCAACUAAUAGAUGGCCCAUCAGGCAAACUUGUGAGGAUGAAUUAACUGACAGAAUUGGUAUUAUCAUGACGGUUAAUAAUGCAAGUCAUGAGAAUGGUGAUAUACAAUUAAUUGAUGUUAAUAGGUAUAGUGACUAUUACAAAUUGUUGAGAGUUACAUGUAGGGUAAUGAAUGUAUUCAAAUACAAGUCUUUCAAAGGUAUUCUAAGAAGCCCCACAGUUCAAGGGAUUACAGAUGCAGAAAUAUUAUGGGUCAAAGAAAUGCAAAAGAUCAUGACUGUUUGGGAAACAAGAUUCAAAAGAUUGGGACCAUCAAUUGAAAGGGGAGUUAUAGUAGUAGGACAACGUAUUCCUAAGUGGUUGAAAGACAAUUGGAAUCAAGAAAAUUUCAUGUUAAUACCGAAUAAACAUCCUGUUACUAGGUUGUACAUAUCCUGUCUACAUAAAGUGGAUCAUGCAGGUAUAGAGACUACAUUGUGUAAGAUACAGAGGAAAUUUUGGAUUCCGGGAGCUAGAAAAUUAAUAAGAACCAUAAAAAAUAAAUGUGUAACAUGUAGAAAAUUUAGUAAGAAAGUGGAAGAUCAAUGCAUGGGUCAAGUGAGGGCAGAAAGGAUGAAACCUGCUCCACCAUUCUAUCAUACAGCAGUAGAUUUGUUUGGGCCCUUGACAAUAAGAGAUUCAGUUAAGAAGAGAACUUAUGGUAAAGCAUUUGGAAUUAUUUUUAACUGCUUAGUGACAAGAGCAGUUUAUUUGGAUUUAGCUGUGGGAUAUAGUACCGAUGAUUUCUUAACCACUUUUCAAAGGUUCAUUGCUAUUAGGGGGGCCCCUAAAUUCAUGUAUUCUGAUAGGGGAACUCAGCUAAUAUCAGCUAGUAAGAAAAUAGAGAGGAUUAGGGAGAAAGAGGGUGUGACCUGGAUUUUCAAUAUGCCAAGUGAUGCACCAUGGUAUAAUGGUGUAAGUGAAGCACUGAUCAAAUCAGUCAAAAGGAGUAUUUGUGUUAGUAUUGGAGAUUCUAUACUAAAUUUUGGAGAAUUACAGACUGCCUUAUUUUCUAUUGCCAAUCUAAUGAAUGAAAGACCAAUAGGCUUAAAACCUGGGUUUAGUUUGGAAUUGGGUAGCUAUCUCUGCCCAAAUGAUCUGUUACUUGGUCGAUCUAGCUGUCAUUGUCCAAUUGGCUUGUAUGAAAUUGAUGGAGAUCAUAAAAGGAGAUUGAGGUUUAUCCAAAAUAUUAUAAAUUCUUUUUUGAAGAAGUGGCAAAGGGACUAUUUCCCGUCAAUGUUGAUUAGACAGAAAUGGCAUACAGCCAAAAGGAAUGUGAAAGUAGAUGUUGUUCUAGUGCAGGAUAGUAAUAUUGUAAGGGGAACAUGGAAGCUGGCUCAAGUAAUUAGGGCUGACCCAGGACGAGAUGGAAUAGUUCGUGAAGUUAAUUUAAGAUAUAAAAUAAUAAAGGAUGGCAAAGGUUAUGAUGGUGAGUCGGAUAAGAUCAUGUGUAGAUCGGUACAUAGAUUAGUGAUGCUGUUGCCAAUAGAAGAACAAGAUUAA